AUGUACGUGGAAGUGAAACGGCUCAUAUUUCAUGGUAAUGAACAUCGCUCUUUCGCUCGCUCUCUCGCUCGCUCGCAGUGCACUACACCACCCACCGAACCAGGGUCAUCUACCGCUUUCACUCUCGUAGACGGAUUCGCUUCUCGUCUCGUCUCGACGGAAGGAAGUGGUGUAUAUGGAGAGGGUAUUGCUUACUCGGAUAUGAAGCACCUCAUACUCACCAUGCUCGAUGAAACCGGCACACAAGAGCGCCACGAAUUAGGGGCAAAGCUUCCGAGCAAGUCACAGCUAGCGUUGAUGGCAUUCGAGAAAGAACGAGAUUUGGAUGGGGCGUCGAACGAGACCCGCGCCAGCUCGCCGCCGCCGCCACCGCCGCCACACUAG